AUGGCAGUUAGCUCCACUUCCAGUUCCAUUUCCAUUGUGUGGAAUAAAUCGAACAUCCAGAUUGUUGUCAUACUGAGCCUCUCGCUUCAAAUAUUUCUCAUCCUAUUUGCACCUCUUAGAAAGAAAACAGUGUACCGCCCCAUUGUUUUCCUCCUGUGGUUGGCUUAUUUGAUGGCUGACUCAGUAGCUAUAUUCGGGAUUGGGCUCAUCUCUCACAACAACAAUUUGUGUGCUUGUGUAGUUGAUGUAGACAAAGGAAUUCAGGCCUUUUGGGUCUCAUUUCUCUUGUCGCAUCUUGGUGGUCCAGACACCAUCACUGCCUUCUCUUUGGAGGACAGUUCGCUUUGGCGACGGCACAUGCUCACUCUCAUUUUCCAAAGCAUUGUCGCCGUCUAUGUCUUUGGGAAGAUAUUUCCUAGUGAAAAAUCUCUGAUUAUCCCAACGAUCCUGAUAUUUCUUGUUGCGAUCAUAAAAAAUGUGGAGAGGUUACAAGCACUCAAAUUCUCUAGCCUCUCGAAAAUCAGGAAAUCAAUGCUCUCACAAAAGAAAUAUUCUCAUGCUGUAGAUCUCACGUUGCUUGGAGAACUCAAUGUCGGAGAUUCUAAUAAAGAAGAGCCACGACUUGAUGAGAGUAUUGUGGUAAAGCAUGGUUACUACUUCUUUCAAAUCUUUAAGGUCUUCAUUGGAGAUCUUAUCUUCUCAAGUGAAGAACGCAAUCUGAGCCGUGCAUAUUUCCAAAAAGUUUCUGCAAUCGAUGCGUUGAGGGUGAUAUCAGUUGAACUCCAGUUCAUUUAUGAGAUGCUCCACACCAAAGCAUUGGCAAUACGUUCCAUGAGGAGCUAUUUUUUCCGUUUCAUAGCCUUCACUGACAUUGUGAUAGCUUUUGUCCUAUUCAAUCGCUUGAAGAAGCAUCAGCUCCACCCACUUGACGUGGAGAUUACUUAUUCCCUUCUUUUGGGAGGGAUAGCUCUUGAUGUCAUAGCUUUGUUCAUGCUCGUUUUUUCUGAUUGGAAUGUUGCUGAAAUCAAACUCUACUACAAAGGAUCAUCUCAAGAACAUUCAUUUCUCAACAAGUUGGUAUCCAAAAUGGAUCAUCGAAGGAAGCCACGAUUCACCACACAUGAAAAACCUAACGUAAGUGUUACUUAUGAGGUCUUAAAUACACCAUUUAUUUUUCGAAGGUGGUCGGAAUCUAUCUCAUCUUGCAACCUUUUCUCUGAGUUCUUAACAAAGAGCUGGAGAAACAUGCAUAGCAAUCAGUCCCAGGGGGCCAAGCGGAUCAUCUUUUCUUUCUGUAAAGCUAGUGAUCCGGGGUCUUCUACACAUGAUGGAGCAUCAGUGAUUGCAAAUACAAAGCAUGUGUCUAAGAAUCCUCUUAUUAAGAAGUUAUGGAUCUUCAUCUUUGAGGAGGUGAGGCGUAAAUCCAAAGAUGUGAAUGACCCAAUAACUGGGAGGAUGAUAUUUGAUGCUAGAGGUGAUGUGUUUCUCCAAAGUGCCAUGGAGGAAAUCAAUUGCAGCAGACUUUUAACUUUUGUCACCGAGGUUAAAUACGACUUAAGUAUUUUAACGUGGCAUAUUGCUACUGAAAUGUGGUACAACAGGGAGGAACAAGGUAUGAGCUCCACAGCUAGAAAGGAUGAAAGGGAAUUUAGCAAGAUCCUUUCUGACUACAUGAUGUAUCUUUUAUUUAAUCAGUCUAAUGUGGUAUCUGCUGUGGGGGGCAUUGCCCAAAUAACAUCAGUGAAGACGUUGCUUGAAAUAUCGACCCUCAUUGGUGGCCAUGCUGUGGAUAUGAAUGAUCUGUGUGAAAGGUUGUAUAAGGUUUCUUCUGGAACCUCCAAUUUGACAUCCCCACUCGGGGAUGGGAUUAAAUUGGCCCAAGAGAUGGAAAUGCUAGGGGAAAUGAAGUGGAAGGUGAUGGGUGGAGUGUGGGUUGAGAUGCUGUCAUACGCAGCAAUUCAUAUUAAGGGAAAUGCACAUGUGCUCGUGUUGAGUAAGGGUGGAGAGCUUCUAGCAUUUGUUUGGCUGUUGAUGACUCAUUUUGGUUGUUUCUACAAACCUGAAUGGGGCAUCUAUCAUGAGAGGUUUCAUACUUAUCAACAACCUAGGUAA